AUGUCUUCCACCGAAGCGACCCCCGAUGCGCCCAAAAAGCAGAUCCUGCUGAACGCGUUCGACAUGUCCACCGUCGGCCACCUGUCGCCCGGGCAGUGGAAGAACCCCACGGACCGGUCGGGGACGAAGCGCACGCUGAAGUAUUGGACGGACCUGGCCCAGUUGCUGGAGCGCGGGGGCAUCACGGCCUUGUUCCUGGCGGAUACCUAUGGGGGGUAUGAUACGUACGAGGGGAGUCUGGACGAAUGUAUCCGACGGGCGGCGCAGUGGCCGAUGACGGAUCCGACGAUUCCCAUCUCCGCCAUGGCGGCGGUGACCAAGAACCUCGCCUUCGGCAUCACGGCCUCCACCUCCUUCGAGCCGCCCUUCCUCCUCGCGAAGCGCUUCUCCACCCUGGACCACUUGACCAACGGGCGCAUCGGCUGGAACAUCGUGACCUCGUGGAAGAAAGCGGCCUUCAAGGCCAUCGGGAUCGACACGCCCAUCGAGCACGACGAGCGCUACGCCCAGGCCGACGAGUACCUGCGCGUGCUAUACAAACUCUGGGAAUCCUCCUGGUCCCCGACCGCGCUAUCCCCCAACCCGGCGGAAGACAGCUACAUCGACCCGACGCAAGUGCGCACCAUCCACCACCAGGGCAAAUACUUCCAGCUGUCGACGCGACACAUCGUGGACCCGUCCCCGCAGCGCACGCCCUUCCUCUUCCAGGCGGGCACCUCGACGGCGGGCUCGCAGUUCGCCGCCACGCACGCGGAGGCCAUCUUCGUGUCGGCGCACGCGCCCAGCGUCCUGCGCCCGAAGAUCGCGGCCAUCCGCGCGCAGGCCGCGGCGCAGGGGCGCGACCCCGCGUCCCUCAAGUUCUUCGGGACGUUCACGCCGAUCCUCGGGCGCACGGAGGCCGAGGCCCGGGCCAAGCUGGCCGAGGCGCAGCGGUACGCGUCGACGGUCGGCGGGCUGGUGCUGUUCAGCGGGUGGACCGGGGUGGACAUCUCGAAGAUCCCGAUCGAUCAGGACAUCACGGCCGCGGACAGCACGGAGGCGCACAAGGUGCGCAGCAUGCUGGAUGCGUUCACGACGACCAGCCCCGAGGUGCCGCGGUGGACGCCGCGGGUCGUGGCCCAGAAGGCCGCCAUCGGCGGGUUGGGCCCCGUCGCCGUCGGGGAUCCCGGUCAGGUGGCGGAUGAGAUGGAGCGCUGGGUGCGCGAGGCCGAUCUCGAUGGCUUCAAUGUCGCGUAUGUCACGACGCCGGGCACGUUCGAGGAUGUCGUCGAGUUGUUGGUGCCCGAGCUGCGGCGGCGCGGGCUGUAUCCGGAUUCUCCGGUGGAACAGGAAGGGGUGACGAUGCGGGAGAAGGUGUAUGGGGUCGGGCAGAGGGAGUUACGCGAGGAUCAUCCGGGGAGUCGGUAUAAGUACCAUGUUUAUGUUGAGGAUGGAGAUGGGGAUGGGGAUGAGGAUAAGGAAGGGGAGGGGAGGGAGGGGGAAAAGCAGCAGCAGCAGCAGCAGUAAGUGACGGGUGAGUGCAGUCGCUACUGCUACUGUGCGGAGUACGGAUACUGCUCCGUGUAUCUGGGUAAAGCAAAGACAAUGUAGAUGCUGUUCACAUGUUAUGACCCAAGAACUAUAGCCUCAAGAAACUAUAACCACAACACAAAUAGACCACUUAGGUUAGUAAGUAGUAGUCUUCCG